GUUUGGCGUAUGAAAGGGAAAGGAGGUGUCCGAGCUGCAUCUUUCAUUUACGGUUUGGCUGCAUUGGAAAAUAUGGGUUUCGUAGCGAACAUGAUGAGCUUGGUCCUCUACUUCAUGUUCAAGCUGUAUUUCGAUCUCCCCACAGCUGCUAACACUUUCACUAACUUGAUGGGAACUACAUUUCUACUCUCUGUUGUUGGUGGCUUCAUCUCCGACACUUUUAUUAACAGGUUCCACACCUCCAUCAUUUUUGGGGCACUUGAACUCAUGGCUCUAGUAAUGCUGACCAUUGAAGCUCACUCCGAACAUUUGCUACCUUCAUUUUGUGGAAUCGGGGAGUCGAGCUGCAUAGGGGGAGGCAAGGCCGUCUACUUCUACACGACAAUGUUCUUGCUGGCGUUGGGCGCGGGUGGACUGAGGGGGUCUUUCCCGGCCCUUGGGGCUGACCAGUUCGAUGAGAACGACCCUGAGGAAGCCAAGUCGCUGGCAAGCUAUUUCAACUGGUUGUUGCUGAGUAUAGUUGGUGGUGCAUCAAUCGGAGUCACAGUCAUCGUCUGGGUUUCUACAAACCACCCUUUGAAAGACAACUGGUGGAAGGGGUUCCUUAUUGUCACCAUUGCCACCUUCUUAGCUUUCGUGGUACUUAUACUUGGGAAACCCUUCUAUCGCCUCAAAAUCCCUAAACACAGCCCACUUGUUAGAAUCGCACAGGUAAUAAUAGUAGCGGUAAAAAAUCGCGGGCUGCCUCAUCCUGAGAACCCUAAUGAGCUCUACGAGGAAAGCAAGAAAGAUUUUGACUCCACAAUCGGAAUAAUUCCUCAUACCCAACAGUUCAGGUGGCUAGACAAAGCAGCGAUCCUAGGGGAGAAAAGAGAGGCAACAGAUUGGGAAGUGUGCACAGUGACACAGGUAGAAGAAGUGAAGGUGCUAACAAGGAUGUUACCAAUCAUAGGAAGCACCAUCAUCAUGAACACAUGCCUCGCCCAACUGCAGACCUUCUCCGUCCAGCAAGGCAACCGAAUGGACACUAAGCUGGGGUCAUUCAAGGUCCCACCGGCCUCAAUCCCGAUCAUCCCCCUUCUCUUCAUGGUCAUCCUCAUCCCCAUAUACGACGCGCUGUUUGUCCCCUUGGCACGCCGCCUCACAGGCCACCCCACGGGGAUCACCCAGCUCCAGCGCGUUGGGGUGGGGCUCGUCUUGUCAGCGGUGUCCAUGUCAGCAGCCGCUUUGGUGGAGGUGAAGAGGAGGCGGCAGUCGCUGGAGAACCCCUUGGCGCCUGUGAGCCUCUUCUGGCUGUCGUUCCAAUACGGUAUAUUUGGGAUAGCGGACAUGUUCACACUGGUCGGGCUCAUGGAGUUCUUCUACAAGGAGGCGCCCGCCGGGAUGAAGUCGUUGUCCACCUCCUUCACGUGGAUAUCGCUCUCGUUGGGAUAUUUCUUGAGCAGUGUGUUGGUGGAGGUGGUGACGGCGGUCACAAAAAGGGUGACGCCGAGCAAAAAGGCGUGGGUGUAUGGCCUGGAUUUGGACAGGAAUAAGUUGGAUCUGUUUUAUUGGCUUCUUGCUAUUUUGAGUGUCAUCAACUUCUUCCACUAUCUCUUUUGGGCAAUGUGGUACAAGUACAAGACCAACGCCGAUGACGAUGUCGUUGAGGCUGCCGGAGAGCCUGGUAAACUUGAUUGA